AUGAUCCAGAUAGGCGAGUCGGGUCUCGGCGAGUCGCUGAGCGCCACGUGGCAUCGCAACCGCCUACACGUGCUGGACGCGCCCACGAAUGGCGCCCCGACCAAGUCGGGAUUCCCAGAAGUGACGUCACGUGAGUCGUCAAGUCUUGACCAGCUUGGCCCUGUUGACCAUAUGGAACCAUCUACGGGCAAUCAACUCGCAAACGAUGUCUCGACGCCUGGGAUCGCAUCUCGUGAGCUGACACAAGGAAAGGUCGCCGGAUCGAGUCCUGGUGGUGCAAACUUGGUUGCUGAGGGAGCGACAGAGGAGGAGGACGAGAGGAUGGCGGUGGGGGAAACACAGGAGGAGGAUCUGUGGCGGCAGCAACAAGAGCAGCGGGCGCAGGAGGAGCGGGAUGCGGGGGAGGCGGGAAGCGAGCGGCUGCCCGUGCGGGACGCGUGCGUGUUUGACGCCGCGCGGGGCCAGUUCGUGCUCGUCGAACAAGCGACGCGUACAAAGGGCUUCCGCUUUACCGCCGCCGACGCGUGGCGCCCCGUAACGGGGAAGCGGCGGAGAACUGGCGACUGCCGUUUCGCUGUCGACGACACGUGCGCAAUCGUGCAUGCAGGUGGCUGCGACGACGGGAAUCUUCGCACGCGCGACGCGUGCGACUGGAACGGCGCGUCGUUCACCAUCUCACACAGCGGCGCGAUUAAAGCAGAGAUUGCUGGGGCAACGGUAGAAGACCCCGCAUGGCCCUGUGCGCCCUUCCCCCGUUGUCUCUUCUCCGCCGCCGCUUGCGCGCACACCGAGAUCGCGGGGGAUGUUGCGCCGCCGCCGCGGCAACACAGCCAAGCUGCGACUCUCCACGUAGCCGCAGCUACCGCGGCUGUCACGGCUUCCGCCAGUGACGCUCGCGCAGCCUCAGCCGUCUCCGCCGCCGCCGCCAUUACCGCCGAGAAGCGCGCGGCGGCGUUCAGAAAGAGCGGAGGGGAGUGGAGCACGAGCGGCGCUCUCCACGCGCGGUCUCUGGGAAGCUUCUUCCCGGGCGGGGAGGAGGCUCUGGCCGCAACUCGCGGAGCGGGAAGCGGAAGCGGAAGUGGAAGAGGAGGGGGAGGAAAUACAUUUUCUGGCGGGGGGCAGGCAUGGGUUAAGCAACACGAGGGCGUGGGGGGCGGAGAAGCGGGGAGCACGGGGAAUGGCGGGAAUGGAGGAAUGAAGAGCGCAGUGGGCGCAGGGGACGGGAUGAAUCCGCGGGCGCAAGUCGGGAGCGGAAUGGCGGGAAUGGCUAAAGACGAAGAAGGGACGCCACAGGCGAGCCUAAGCGGGAGCGCGGGGAGUGUGGCCAACGGGGGAGCGAGUGAAAGCGAGUUCAAGCGGACAAUGGGCGGGUGGGGCGGCGCUGGGGGAAGCGGAGGGGGAGGCGCAAGGGGCGGGGAGGCCUCGAGCGCGGGAGGAGGAGGGGGAGCAUUCAAAAGCGGCUCGAUGAACGCGGGGACGGCGGAGCUGACGAGCGGAUUAGGCUUCCCCAGCAACGGCCAGACUCCGGGAUUCAAAUCUGCGGGAAACGGCCAGACCAAUCAGCUGACGAGCGGAACAGGCUUCCCCAGCAACGGCCAAACGUCGGGGUUCAAAUCCGCGGGUCCCGGCAGCGGGAACGGCCAGACCAAUCAGCCGCAUCCACGUCAGCAGCAGCAGCAGCAGCCAGGUCAGCAGUUGGUAUACAGCAGGCAGCAAGCUCCGGCGGGAGGCAACCAGAUGAAAACGCGACUGCCGGGCACGGGCGGUGGGAGCAGGAGCGGCGGCGGCAGCACCGGUGGAGGGGGAGGGUCGAGGCCCAAUCCCGUGCCUGAUCCCGGACCUCUUCCGGAAUAUCCGGAUGAUCCUCAGCCGAACCCCGCGAGCCCAGCGUAUUUCAGCGUGACGCGGUUCGGCGCGCAGACGAACGGAUGGGGGGACGCGUCGGGGCCUUUCAGGCGCGCGUUCGCCGCGGCGUGCGGGUACGGCGCGCGGACGAGGCAGCGAGCCAUGGUGCACGUGCCGGGGAACGCGGUUUUCCGGAUAUUCCCGAUGGAGAUUCAAGGGCCGUGCGGCGCUGGACUGAUCGUUCGGAUCGAUGGGGCGAUUCAGGCGUUUUUCAACACGGCGGCGUAUCCGGAACCCGAGAGUAGCAAGACAUGGGCGAUGCUUGGAUUCGACGGAAUCGAUAACCUCGUCGUCGCGGGGAGGGGCUAUCUGGAUGGCGCAGGGCGCGCGUGCUCAAAUCUCAUGAGCUGGUGUGUGCUUCUCCCUGUUCUUGUGUUGGCUGUUUCUCCUGUUUCUGCUUGUGGUGUUCCUGUUGGUGCUGCCAUUUCUGCUGUUGCUGCUGUUGCUGGCUCUGGUGUUCUUGGAAGGGAUGCUGUGUGUGCUGCUAUGGCAUAG